UAUACCCUGUAAAACAUCUAUUACUCUUGUUGCUUUUUUGCUAUCUAUACUUUGAUGAUCAAUAAUAGUGCUUGUCGUCGGGUCUUCAUGAACAGAACUAGUCACUGUACACGAAGAUCGAACAACAGGCCAUUUGGAGUUUCGACUUUUACGAGAUACGCAAGGAUGGCCUCGUCAGAAUCUAAGCGGAUAGUGAAUCCGGUAUUGUUUAUCUGUGACAUUCAAGAGAAAUUUCGAACGGCGAUAUGGGAAUUUCCAAAGGUGAUCUCGACGAGUGCCAAAAUGAUCAAAGCAGCUCGAAUCCUCGACAUACCUGUCUACGUCACCACCCAAAAUGCCUCCCGUUUGGGGGCGACGGUGUCGGAACUGAAAGCUUUACUUCCAAAGGGGUCGGACUCGACCGCGACGACCGAUGUCGACAAGACCGCCUUUUCCAUGUUGGUCCCGGGUCUCACUCGACAAUUGAACGCGAACGGGAAAAGACUGAGCGUCAUCAUCGUCGGCAUCGAGACUCACAUCUGCGUCACCCAGACCGCACUGGACCUUCUCUCCCAGGGCCACAAGGUCUACGUCUUGGCCGACGGGGUCAGCAGUUGCAACGCCGCCGAGAGACCCGUGGCCCUGUCCCGGCUGGCCCGUGAAGGUUGUGUCGUCACGACCAGCGAGAGUCUACUGUUUGAACUGGUCGGGGACGCCAAAGAUGGUAACUUCAAGGCCGUCUCGGGGUUGGUGAAGGAGACCAAGGAAGAAACCAAAGACGCAGUCGAGACUUUGUGUAGUAGGUUGUAGAAAGUAUAUCUCUCUGAAAGAGAGAGAGAGAGAGAGAGAGAGAGAGAGAGAGAGAGAGAGA